AUGUUGUCCAACAACAGAAUUCUAAAACACUUCAAUCGUCAUCUCGGCAUAGCAUUCGCAGUCAUAGCCGUCUCGACGUUCAACUACGGUUUCGACAAUGCAGCCUACAACAACACCCAAGCCAUGGAAGCAUUCCAGACCCAAUUCGGCGAAUGGGAUGCCGACGCUGGCAAGUACAGUAUCCCUCCUUCGUGGCUGUCCCUGUUCAACAGUUUAAACUAUAUCGGUUUCGGUGCUGGUGUUAUCAUUGGCAGUCUUGUCAGUGAGCGCUGGGGGAGACGAUGGUGUAUGUUUGGUAUGAGUGCUUGGGCUUUGGUGCCUGCUGUUAUGGCUGUGACUUCUGUCACCAAGGAUCAGAUCAUGGCCACCAGAAUCCUCAACUAUAUCUAUAUUGGUAUGGAACUCGCUGUCGUCCCUGUUUACCAAUCCGAGAUUAUGCCUCGCGAAAUUCGUGGAUUUGCUGUUGGCUCGUACCAGUUCAGCUUGAUGUCUGGUACUCUCAUUGUCGCGUGUGUCUGCAGAGGCACAAGCACUCUAUCCGGCAACCUCUCAUUCCGUAUCCCCUUCGGCCUCUUCUUUAUCGUUCCAGUCUUUGUCAUGUGCGCCAUCUUCUUCAUUCCAGAGUCUCCACGAUGGUUACUCACCAAAGAUCGAACCGAAGAAGCACGAGCAGCCCUCGGCAAACUCCGAGAAGGAAAACAAACCGAAGCCGAAAUCGACGAGCAAUUCGCCACGCUCCAAUAUGCGUUGGAACAUGAACCAGAGCAGGGAAACUACUUUGAGCUAUUCCAAGGAAAGAACCUCAAACGAACAGCCAUCGUUGUCGCCAUAAACUUUUUCCAGCAAGCCACCGGUCAAGCGUUUGCCUCUACAUAUGGAGCUAUUUUUAUCCGCGACAUUGGAACCGUUAAUCCGUUUACCAUGACUAUUGUCAAUGCCAUCGUCAACCUCUGUUCUGCGUUUGCUGGUCUGUACCUUGUUGAUCGAGCUGGACGACGCCCUCUAUUAUUGACUAGUGCAGGAUGGAUGUUCGCAGCAAUCAUAACGAUGGGCGCCCUAGGAACAGUACCAAACCCCUCAUUCGGCGUCAAAUCCGGCAUCGUAGCCAUGCUCACGCUCUUCGGCUCCGGCUUCACGUUUGCAUUUGCACCACUCAACUAUGUCAUCACGACCGAGAUUCCAGCUCUCCGUCUCCGUGACGCAUCGCAGCGAACAGCCUCCAUCGUCAACGUGGCAGCCAAUUUUCUUGUUAGCUUCAGCAUUCCUUAUAUGCUGUACGAUCAGUACGGUGGCCUGGGAUCCAAGGUUGGGUUUGUCUUUGCUGGGAUUCUUGCGUUGGCUAUUGUUUUUGUGGUGUUUUGCGUUCCUGAGUGUAAGGGGAAGUCACUUGAGCAAAUUGAUCGUAUGUUUAAUGAGGGUAUUGCGCUUCGCAAGUUUGGCAAGUAUAAGCCUGAGGAUAUAGCAGGCGAUGUGGAGGAAACAGUAGUCAAGGGCGAAAAGUGA